CGGCGCGAAGCCGACGAAGCGGUGAGCGCCGGACGCGUGCGCGUCAACGGUGCACUCGUUAAACCCUCGUUCAGGGUUCGUUCCGGGGACGUGGUGACCCUGGACGGUAAGGCUUUAGACUGGGAACCGUUCGCGGCGGCGACGGAGGGUUCCAUCGGUGCACACGCCGGCUCAAACGGCUUUUUCUACCUCAAGUACAACAAACCGAGGGGGGUGACGUGCACGAUGGAGUCGUCGCAGCGGACCAAGCCGGCCAAGGGCGUCGGGAGCGCGAGGGUGUUCCCGGUUGGCCGGCUGGACAGAGACAGCUCCGGCCUCGUCUUGCUCACCGACGACGGGCGCGUGCCGGAGGCGUUACUAGACCCAUCGCGCAAGGCGCCCAAGACGUACGAGGUGGACGUCCGCCCGGCGCCCACUCCCGACGCGAUCGAGGCGCUGCGCGAUGGCGUGGUCAUCACCACGACGCAGCAACGCGACGGGGUCACCACCACGUCGCCGACGGCGCCGUGUCCCGUGGAUUUGAUUAAAAAAUCUGAAACGUCCGCGACGCUUCGGUUCGAGCUUCGCGAGGGACGUAACCGGCAGAUUCGUAAGAUGUGCGAGGCUGUCGGGGUGGAGGUGGUUAGGUUGCACCGGGUGAGCGUCGGCGGGGUGUGGCUGGACGAGUCCGCGCUGGAGGUUGGCGGGGUGAGGGCGCUGAGCGGCGACGAGCUGGACGCCGUAGGCGCGGCUGUGUCGGCGAGC